AUGGAGAAGAGGAGGAGGAGGAGGAGGAGGAGGAGGAGGAGGAAGAUCCCCGGGGGAGCAGCGAUCCCACAGCGCAUUGUGCCGCGAUGGCCACACGGGGCCACCUCGGGGCCACCUCGGGGCCACCUCGGGGCCACCUCGGGGCCACCUCCGGGACACCUCGGGGCCACCUCGGGGCCACCUCGGGGCCACCUCGGGGACACCUCCGGGACACCUCCGGGACACCUCGGGGACACCUCGGGGACACCUCGGGGACACCUCGGGGACACCUCGGGGACACCGCGGGGACACCUCGGGGACACUGUGCUCCCGCAGGUGAGGCCAGUCUCGCUGCAAACUCUUCCCCAGGUGUGUCCGUGGCCGAAUGGAGCCUCGCUGCCAGCUGUGGCCAUGGGCACUGUGUGUCCUGCUGGCUGCCCCACAGCUCCUGGGAGCGCAGGGAGCCUGUUCCCAGGGAGCCUGCUACCCUCCCCCGGGGGACCUGCUGCUGGGACGAGCCCCUCACCUGAGAGCCUCCUCCACCUGCGGCCUCAGCAAGCCCGAGACGUACUGCACCCCCCACGGCCAG